AUGCCUUCGAUCCACCGUCAGUCCGCAAUGCCUGUCGUCGUCACCAAGCCUGCCGGCCCGCGCAAGGAGCGCGUCGUCGGCUUCGUCAAGGGCGAGGUCACUGGCAUCUCGCGCCCCGCCAACAUCGCCGAGUCCUGGGCCCUCUACGACUUCGAGAUGCACGCCCGCGCCUGUGCUGAGUGCCGCAACCCCUACGACGUCCACCGUGCCGGCCGCCAGCUCUGCGACGAGGGCCACCGCUUGGCCCAGCAGGUCGCCCAGUUCCUCUACAUGAAGAGGGACGGCGAGGCAUACAGCACCGAAGAGGAGGAGCGCCAGAUGGUCCGCGUCGAGAUCCAGCCCACCUACGAGGAGGCCCGCGGCCUGCUGCGCGCCAUCGAGCGCGGCAUCCGCCACCGCAGGCAGUUCGUCAGCAUGGACCGCUCCUACCACAUCGCCCCGCGCCUCCCGCUGCGCUCCAAGCACCACCACCAGAAGCCCGUGCAGCCCGUCAAGGUCGAGCAGACGCCGCCCCUCCCCCCGCGGCCGCACCAUGGCGACGAGUACGACUGGCCGGCGUCGCCGCGCCAGGCCGUCAUCAACGUCGCGAAGCGUGGCUCGCUGUACGAAGCCGACAUGGCUGAGCAGCGCCGCAACCACGCAAAGUACAACAUCGAGGUGCGCGAGCCGUCGCACCAGGACAGGCGCGAGCACCGCCACUCGGGCUACUACCGAUGA